AUGCUCUCCGACAUCAUCAGCCUUGGUCCGACUUCGCUCAUAUCGCAGUACGAUGGUGGCGGUAAUUUUUUUUACAUGGGAUGUCUCACGAAGGAUGUUCGUGGGAGGUGGCCGCUCGCAACAACGACUGCGUUGAAUUGUAUCAUCAGUUCAACCACAAGACUGGCCGAGCUGCCCAUCGGUCCAUUUCGAACGAAAUGCUUGAUACAGGGACUUGUGCGUGCCGUGGAUACGCAGCAAUGUGAUACGUUGGCGUGGAUCGUGCCACGGCUACCGAUAGAAUACGCUCUGUUCACAGACAAGUUGUCUUGUGCUGUCAUCGAAACGGGCGUGGUGUCUGCAAUUUCCUACGCGAUACCUCUGACAAGGACCAAAAAAAAUGAGGCGCCCCCCGCCUUCCGGGUUUCCGUGGAAAACGCCGUGCGCAAAGGUCACGUCGACGCCGCAAAGUUCCUUUUCACGCGUUUUGCCGACAAGGAGCUUCGGAGCACUGUAGUCAUGACGGCCUGUCUGGAGGGAGAUGAUUCUCUCGUCCAUUGGUGCGCCGGAGCCAUGAUGAGCCAAUUCCCUCCGGAGGCAACCCGGGCGUUGGUUUACAGGGGCAAUAUUGAUGCACUGGCGUGGUUGAAAACAAACGGCAAAUACAGUUACACGUUGAUGAAUCAGACCGUGCUCUAUGCCGCGCUUGGGGGGCACGUCGAGGCGGUCGACUGGGUCUUGGACAAUAAUCCUGGCAUUAGGUACGACGCCGGAGAAGUCUGUCUCAUGGUGUGUAGGAAAGGACUGCUAGACAUACUCAAGCACUUGGUCGUGAGGAGAGGGUUUUGGUUCCAUGCGACAGACUGCAUUCGUUUUGCGAAGAAAGGUUCGGGGAUAGCUUCUUGGCUGAUGUCGCGUGAUGAUUGA